AUGGUCCCCUAUCUUUUUCUGCAGGGUAUCCUGGUUGCCAGUGUGACGGCCUUGCCCGUUUCGGAGCAACAACCUCUCGGGCCUGCAGUGCCAGAAUCGAACAGUCAACCCGAUGGAGGAAUUCAGCUGGAAAAGUCGCGAGUGCUUCAUGGGCGUUUUCUCCAUAUAACAGGUGAGAUACAUUCAAUUGGCUUAAGACUACGGGGUGUCCGAGGUGGAAGUUCGAAAACUCCGAAUGAAAAUACUGAUUUUGUGUCUCUUUGUUCAGACCUGCACCCUGACCCUCAUUACAAAACCGGAAGUUCUAGCGACGACGGCGCCCCGUGCCAUCGAGGAAACGGUUCGGCAGGAUACUUUGGAGCUGAAGGGUCGGACUGCGACUCGCCGUUCUCGCUGGUCAACGAAACUUUCAGCUGGAUAGAGAAGAAUCUGAAGGGCAAUAUCGACUUUGUCCUGUGGACUGGAGACUCUGCCCGUCAUGACAACGAUGCGAAGAUUCCUCGAACAGAGGAUGAGGUUGUUCGGUUGAAUGAGAUGCUGGCGGACAAGUUCGUCGAUGCAUUCGGAGACAAGCGACUCCCUAACGGCCUCUCUAUCCCCAUCGUUCCUACAAUUGGGAACAACGACAUCAUGCCACACAAUAUAUUCAGAGGCGGCCCAAAUCGAUGGACGAAAAGGUUCGAAAAGAUCUGGAGCAAGUUUAUACCAGAGCAUGAGCUCCAUACAUUCGUGGAGGGCGGCUGGUUCACGAGCGAGGUCAUCCCAAACAAACUGACGGCCAUCAGCCUGAAUACGAUGUACUUUUUCGACUCCAAUUCUGCCGUCGACGGGUGUGCAGCCAAAUCUCAACCGGGAUACGAGCAUAUGGAAUGGCUACGGGUGCAGCUUAAAUUGCUACGCGAACGCGGAAUGAAAGCCAUCCUUAUCGGACAUGUACCUCCAGCCCGAACAGACAGCAAACGGAAUUGGGACGAGUCGUGCUGGCAGAAAUAUGCUCUGUGGGUGCAUCAAUAUCGGGACGUGAUUGUCGGCAGUGUCUACGGUCAUAUGAACAUCGACCAUUUCAUCCUCCAAGACCACCACAAAGUCAACAUUGUCGAUGCCGACCCGAAUGAGUCACCUUCGGAAGCUUCGAAAGAUGCUACCGGCGACAUUUCCAUUCGGUCUCGGUCAGGGUACCUUAGCGAUCUCAGGCAUGACUGGUCCAAGUUGCCGUCACCCCCGCCAGAUUUUCCGAUGGACAACGGUACGGUUGACGACUGGUUCGGAGAGGGAGCGUCAUUCGGAGACGACGAUGAUAUCCGGUUCAGGAAAUCCAAGAAAAAAAGGCGACAGUUUCUGAAAAAGAUCGGCGGACCUUGGGCUGAGCGAUACAGCGUAUCGCUGGUGUCACCCAGUCUAGUUCCAAAUUAUUUCCCUACUUUGCGCAUUGUCGAGUAUAACAUAACCGGACUCGAAAAUGUAAAGGCUUGGGGCGAAACUCCUGUUGCUGCUGAUACCCUACCUUCGUUGACGGACGAAGCCAAGGAACGUCGGUCAUAUUCUGAGUCAAUCGAAGACCCAGAUAUGGAUGAGUUGAAGAAAGGAAAGAAGAAGAAGGACAAGAAAAAGGAGAAGAAGAAGAAGAAGCCGUCCUUCAAAGUUCCAGAACCUCCUUCCCCCACCGCCCCGCCAGGGCCUGCAUAUUCGAAUCAGCCAUUGACAUGGCUUGGUUAUACUCAAUACUUUGCGAAUCUUACGAAGAUCAAUAAUGAAUAUUCUGAACGAUAUGGUCUCUCGCCUGACAGUGUGGUCAACGAGACGAGAGGCAAAGAUCUCUUUACUUUUGAAGUCGAAUACGACACUACGAAGGAUGACAUUUACAAGUUGGAAGAUCUCACUGUGCGCAGUUACUUCAAAUUGGCCAGUCGAGUCGCACAGAAAGCCACCGCAAAGGACCAGAUAUCGGAAACGGGAGCUACCGAUGACCUGCAUGCUGCUAUUGAGAACGAUGGUGACGAGUCAGGAGAUAUGAAGGACGCAAAGGGCAAGAAGAUCAGAAAUCGAGUAUGGAAAACAUUUCUGAAACGGGCAUUUGUGGGAUACUACAGGAGCGAUGAGAUUGAUAUUGAUGGGACGUAG